UCUCUCUUUUUCUCUCUCUAGUCUCUAGGGCUGUGUCUUUGACUUGGACUCUCUCUCUCACAAACCCAAAAAAAUUGCAAUAAUACACACAAUUUCACGUUAUCUCCUCUGCCUCUCUCUAUCUCUCUCAAUCUUUUGCCUUCUAUGCUACUGCCAUUAAUGCUUUAAAAGCUUCUCUGCCACGACACACGCACGCACAAUUACUGGCCCUUGCUAAAGUGCGGAGCUCCAGCUCGAUCGACGAUGGGCGUUGUGUGCCGCCACCGCCGCCAUUACUACCACAAUCAUCACCGUCUACUCUCUGCCUUCACUUUCUUCUUAUUCUUCACCACCUCGCUCACAGCGUUCUCCAAACUCGGUGGCGGGUUCCGGGAGAGAGAGGAGGAGGCGAGAGGAAGUGGGUCGGAUCCAAUUUCUCGGGUUAUGACCCAGAAGGGACUAGGUGGGCCGGGUUCUUCUCCGCCCACGUGUAGAUCCAAGUGUGGAAGUUGUUUCCCUUGUAAGCCGGUUCACGUUCCGAUCCAACCCGGAUUCAGUAUGCCAUUAGAGUACUACCCUGAAGCUUGGCGAUGCAAGUGUGGCAACAAACUAUUCAUGCCUUAAAAAACAGAGUACAAGAAAGAAAAAAAGUUCAAAUCGAGAGUUUCAAUCAAUCAUGAUUGUGAGCAAAUUACUAUUUUGGUCGCAGCAAAGUGCAGUAAUUGAUGGUUCUGCAGAUGGGUUCUUUCAUUCCCAUGUUUAUAAUAUGAUUGCAUUUCAUGUGAGCGACAGGGGAGCUUUGGGAAUGCAAGAUUUCUGGGAGAGAUUACCAAGGGAGAUUUCUCUCUCUUCCUCUGUUUCAUAUUUUGUUAAUUAAUCUUCUUCUUCUUUUUGACUUGCAAUUAAUGCAAGUUAAGUACGAGAAUGAGAAACAUUUGAAGUAGAGACUGUAAUUACUAAUU